AUGCCUAGCAACCAGCGCUUGUGCUGCUUGUGCAAGACUGUGGUCGGAUCGAAUCCGGAUCCAAUCUCGCACUGUCAGGAACAUGUCUUGAGAGAAGUGGGCCUGAUUGAGCAUCGUGAAGACAAAGCGGUCCUGCGGCUUUGCAAGGUGUGCUCAGGAGUCUUUGGAGCGAUUUAUCGGAUGAAGGCGUUUGCCAUUUGGUGGGUGGCGGCAUUAACGAUCCAAGCCCGUCGCAUUUGGCAACCCUUGCAAGAGAUGAGAGCCGAGCCAGCGAUCAAAAAGUUGUUUUCCAUCGACACGUCUGUCCUUGGUCCAGCCUUCCACGCGCGCCUUGCAUUUUUCAAGGUUUGCGCAUCUUGA